GUUUUGAAACUUCAGAACAGAGACCCCCUAGCGGCGCGAGACUGAAACCCAAAACUCUUCAUGGCUCGCCGGACUUUCUCAUCGGACGACGUCGUUGUGAAGUCUCCGAACGACAAACGACUCUACCGUUUAAUCAAGCUCGACAACGGCCUCACCGCAUUGCUAGUUCACGAUCCUGAGAUUGGAGAAGCCCAACUCUCCAAGGACUCUGAGCGAACUGAAGAAGCUGAGGAAGAAGACGAAGAAGAAGAGGAUGAGGAUGAGGAUGAGGAUGACGAAGACGAUGAAGAUGACGAAGAAGAUAGUGAAGAAGAUGAUGAAGAGGAGGAUGAGGAAGAUGAAGAUGAGCUGAAGAAGAAGAAGAAAAAGGGAGGGGAUUCUCAGACUAAGAAGGCAGCCGCAGCAAUGUGUGUAGGAAUAGGCAGCUUCUCUGACCCUCCUGAGGCACAGGGGCUCGCACACUUUCUAGAGCACAUGCUCUUUAUGGGUAGUAAGGAAUUUCCAGAUGAAAACGAGUAUGAUAGUUACUUGUCCAAGCACGGAGGGUCCUCAAAUGCCUACACAGAAGCAGAGCAUACUUGCUACCAUUUCGAAGUGAAACGGGAGUUUCUCAAGGGUGCCUUGACAAGAUUUUCUCAGUUCUUUGUUUCACCCCUGGUAAAAAGUGAAGCCAUGGAGCGGGAGGUACAGGCUGUAGAUUCAGAGUUUAACCAGGUUCUGCAAAACGAUGCUUGCCGCCUUGAACAACUUCAAUGCCAUACAGCCUCACCUGGUCACCCAUUUAAUAGAUUCGCAUGGGGGAAUAAAAAGAGCUUAUCUGAUGCCAUGGAAAAAGGGAUCAAUUUGCGGGAACAAAUAUUGAAAUUGUACAGAGAUUUUUACCAUGGUGGAUUGAUGAAGCUAGUUGUCAUUGGUGGAGAGUCUCUUGAUGUACUUGAGAAUUGGGUUUUGGAAUUGUUUGGUAACGUCAAAAAGGGUCCUCAAGUAAAGCUGGAAUUCAAGGCAGCGGAAGGCCCAAUUUGGAAAGGUGGAAAAGUUUACAGGCUAGAGGCUGUUAAAGAUAUUCAUAUACUCCACUUAACAUGGACAUUUCCAUGUCUUCGUCAAGAUUAUUUGAAGAAAUCAGAAGAUUAUAUAUCUCAUCUCCUUGGGCAUGAGGGUAGAGGAAGUUUGCAUUCCUAUUUCAAAGCUAGAGGGUGGGCAACAUCUCUGGCUGCUGGUGUUGGAGAUGAUGGGAUGCAUCGUUCUUCUGUGGCUUAUGUAUUUCGCAUGGAUAUUUAUCUCACUGACUCUGGAUUGGAUAAGAUUUUUGAUAUAAUUGGCUUGGUCUAUCAAUACAUAAAGUUAUUGCAUAAAGUGUCCCCACAAGAAUGGAUAUUUAAGGAGCUGCAGGAUACUGGGAACAUGGAAUUUAGAUUUGCAGAGGAGCAGCCUCAGGAUGAUUAUGCCUCAGAACUUGCAGGAAAUCUACUCAUUUAUGCAGCAGAGCAUGUUAUUUAUGGUGCCUAUGCCUACAAGAUCUGGGCUGAAGAAUCAAUCAAAUAUGUUCUUAAUUUCCUUAGACCAGAAAACAUGAGGAUUGAUGUUGUAUCAAAGCCCUCAAUGAAGUUAGAAGAUUUCCAGUGCGAACCUUGGUUUGGCUCACAUUAUACUGAAGAAGAUAUAUCUCCAUCUUUGAUAGAUUUGUGGAAAGAUCCUCCAGAAAUUGAUGUUUCAUUGCAUCUCCCGGAAAAAAAUGAGUUCAUUCCUACUGAUUUUUCCAUUCGUUCUGAUGGUCUUGAUACUACAGAUGUAUCUUUGCCGAGAUGUAUACUGGAUGAGCCAUUGGUGAAGUUCUGGUACAAACUUGAUAGUACAUUUAAACUCCCACGGGCAAAUACUUAUUUCCGCAUCAAUCUAAAGGGUGGAUAUGAUAAUGUGAAGAGUUGUGUCUUGACUGAACUAUAUAUAUCCCUCCUUAAAGAUGAGCUGAAUGAGAUUGUUUAUCAGGCUAGUAUGGCCAAGCUGGAAACUUCGGUAUCUGUAUCUUCUGACAAUCUGGAGCUGAAGGUCUACGGUUUCAAUGACAAGCUUCCAGCUCUGUUGUCAAAGAUUCUGAAAACAACCAAAAGUUUCAUGCCGACUUCUGAUCGUUUUCUGGUUAUUAAAGAAAAUAUGGAGCGAAAAUUGAAGAACACCAAUAUGAAGCCUCUGAGUCACUCUUCAUACUUGAGACUGCAAGUAUUGUUCCAGAAAUUCUAUGAUGUUGAUGAGAAGCUGCAUGUUUUGAAUGGAUUGUCUGUUUCUGAUAUGAAGCUAUUUAUUCCCCAGCUUUGUUCCCAGCUAUACAUUGAAGGCCUUUGUCAUGGAAAUUUGUCAGAAAAAGAAGCAAUCAGCCUUUCAGAUAUAUUCAAAACAAAUUUUUCUGUACAACCACUUCCUGUUGAACUGAGGCAUAGAGAACACUUUACUUGUCUACCGCCUUCUGCUAACCUCAUAAGAGAUGCCAGUGUGAAGAAUAAGUCCGAAACAAAUUCGGUGAUUGAGCUGUAUUUUCAAAUUGAGCGGGAAGUGUUUAGUGAGUCCCCCAGAAUGAGGGCCCUGAUUGAUCUUUUUGAUGAAAUUGUGGAGGAACCACUUUUCAAUCAGCUAAGGACAAAGGAGCAACUUGGUUAUACUGUUCAGUGUGCCCCGCGAGUUACCACGAACGUAUUUGGAUUUUGCUUUUACGUUCAGUCGGCUGAGUACAACCCAAUCUACUUGCAAGGAAGACUCGAGAUCUUUAUAAAAAGUUUGGAGGAAUUGUUGCAAGGACUAGACGAUGACUCUUUUGAGAAUUACAGAGCUGGGCUAAUGGCAAAGCUAUUGGAGAAAGAUCCAUCCCUUCAAUAUGAAACCAAUCGAUUUUGGUCAGAGAUUACCGAUAAAAGGUAUAUGUUUGACUAUACAAAACAGGAAGCAGUACAACUCAAAAACAUUCAGAAGGAGGAUGUCAUCAACUGGUACAAAACAUAUUUGCAACAAUUGUCUCCCAAGUGUCGGAAACUAGCAGUUCGUGUUUGGGGAUGCAACACAGACAUGAAAGAGGCUGAAGCACGGCCGGAGUCUGUAAAAGUCAUUGAAGACCUUGGAGCCUUUACGAUGUCAUCUGAGUUCUAUCCUAGCAAUUGUUGAGAUUUUAUAGACGGCUUCUGAAUUUUGAUGGAAAUUGAGCAUUUGGAGUCUAAUUGUUUACCAGGGUUUACUU